AAUGGCUAGCAAAUCUCAACCUCCAAUUUAAGAGAAGACUUUUCAUGAGUGGUCCAAAAAUAACUUUUAUAGGACCAGUUACAUCAAUCAUUACACAUAAGUAAAUGAAUAAACUUAAUUGAUUCAGUUACCUUAAGAGCCUAAGAAUACUGCUGUGCCUGGAUAUGCAGGAUAUGUCCCAUAUGUUUAAUCAGAAAAUCUCUAUGGAGAAAGAUUCUCUGAAGUAGCUAGAAAAUCAUUUGCAGAUUCUAAGUUGGGCAAGUUUAAUAGAUUGUCUUCAACAGGAUUCAAUUUUGAUGCUAAAGAAUUGAUUGAUCCUCAUAAAGAAGCUUAUUCACACAAAUAUGGUUGUCAAACAAUAUUAAAACAUCAUCCUUGCACUCAUAUUGAUAAAAUGAUCACAUCAUAUCAAGACGGUUUCAAGAAGCCUUAAAAUCUUGUUGCUCCAACGUAAGAAAUUUAGAAAAUUAAUCUUAGAUUUCGAAAGACUGAUAGAUAUUUAGAAACCUAAUAAGCCUAAACAAAAACUUCAGGGUUCUAGAAGAAUCAUAUGCAAUUUGAUGGAUCUGGUUGGAUUCCUCAUGAAAAUAUGAAUGGUUAUAAUUUUAUUUUUAUUUUAAGGUGAUUAAGUGAGAACAGAGUAUCGUAUAUAAUACAAUUAAGAAAAACCUUUUCAUAGAAAUCCUAUCCAAUUCAAACUAAGAAAGAUGAAAUAAACAGAAAUGAAUUAUAAGCAUACCUGA